AGCGGAAACCGGAAGUUUCCCGACUUGUUGUGGCCAAUAGGUUGAGAGGAGUUAGCAGCAUAGCUAACGUUAGUCGCCGGUUUUUAAACGCAGAAGUGUCUUAAAAGAGCGUCUCCUACCUUGGUGAAGAUGUCUUACAUGCUCCAACAUCUACACAAUGGCUGGCAAGUGGACCAGGCCAUUCUCUCAGAGGAGGACCGUGCGUUGGUAAUUAGGUUCGGACACGACUGGGACCCAACUUGUAUGAAAAUGGAUGAAGUGCUGUACAGUAUUGCUGAAAAGGUGAAAAACUUUGCCGUCAUAUACCUGGUCGACAUCACAGAGGUGCCAGAUUUUAACAAGAUGUACGAGUUGUACGAUCCUUGUACAGUCAUGUUCUUCUUCAGGACCAAGCACAUCAUGAUUGAUUUGGGCACAGGCAACAACAAUAAGAUCAACUGGACUAUGGAGGACAAGCAGGAGAUGAUAGACAUUGUUGAAACGGUAUACAGAGGAGCAAGAAAAGGAAGAGGUCUUGUUGUCUCUCCCAAAGACUAUUCCACUAAAUACAGAUACUGACCUUUCUUCUUCAUCAUCAUCAUCAUCAGGAACAGGAGAGUCUGGACUUUUUUCACCCAUUUUCAGUUGUCAUUUUAUUACCAUUUCUGACCAUUAUUGUAUUUGACUUUUAUCUAAAUAAACGUCUUUGUUUUACAAAUGGUGGAUCAGUAUACACCAUAAUAAUUUCACUGCUGUGAACCUUGAAGAGUAAGUUGGAGUGUAUAACUGGGGAAUGCUGAUAUGUUAUUUAGGUGUGAGCAGAUGUCUUUAUUUGGGGAUAGAUGUCUAAUCAUGGGACUUUUUAGACACAGCCAUAUUUGGUUCUUUCUGCCAGUAUUUAUUUCAUUCGAUACAAAAUAAAAUGUAAAAAAUGAA